GACGCCGUCACUGCCACGUGUGAGAGCCAAAUUUGAAUUAAUAUCAAAUGAUUUGUCAAGAUUACUGUGAUUAAUAAACGACUAAAAUAAAAAAUAUCGUCAAAUCAAAAAAUAAUUUCGAACAUAAACAAAUUUAGAGAAAAAACUCAAGGAUAUCAACUUAUUUGAUAUACAAAUCAAUAUUGAUUAUCUCAUUAAACACAAAAAUAUUUUUAACGAUAUUCCUUCAAUUACUAGAACAAUCGAUCGACCUUGAGUAGGGAGGACUGACCUUGUCAAUAGGAAGGCGCCACCUUCGGAAUAACGAAAAAACCAAAACAAUCAGAAACAAAGAUGUUUCUUGCGAACAGCAUCAAUAAAUGACUUUAUUACUGAUAGUAUCAAAGAUUGAAACAGUGGAGUCGGUUUCACCAAAACAUUGAGGAAGUACAAAUUGAACAAGUCACAAAAUAUUUUGAAAAGUCAGACUCUUUUUUAUUGAGCUUAUAUAAUUAUUGUAAUAUUCAAUAAGCAAUCCAAAAAGUAAUGUUAUUUGAUAUUAAUCAAUUUCGUUUUUGUUGAUAAACCAUUACUUUAAGAUACGUAUAGCACAAUAAGAUUGCGCUAACUUUUCUUCGAUAAACAUAUUUUAUGGCUAUGAUUAUUAGCUAGAACUAAGACGGUGUGAUCAGUUGGUGGAUGGAAAUUUGGUAAUAACAUCUACUAUACAUCUAAAAAUAAUGUGAAGCUACGUGUAUAUUUAAGUACACGGUAUAGAUCAAAGGUUCAAGUUGACAGACAAUUCUUUCAAAUUUUAUACAGAGAUUAGUGCAGCCUUUACUUAAAUGAAACUUGGCUAUUUCCUAGUUAUUCCAUCUGAAAAAUACGACAGCAUGUUCUAUAAUUUCAGGAACUUGCUGUUGAUUUCGACUGCGUUGUGUUCCUUGGAUAUUCAUGCAGAUAUAGUUAGCGAGAAAAAAGAAAUCGUAUAUGACUUACUACAAGCUGCAAUGGCAACAACUGAUGAUAAAAAUCAAUAUAUUGAUGAUGGAUUGGAUGGAUUCCUUGCAUUCGGAUUUCGUCCAGGUUCGGAAGUAAAACAACCAUAUAGGCUUUGUCUUCCAGAAAAGUUACCAGCUGAAUUUACAAUUGUCGCAACGUUUAAACCAAUGUCUUCUCGUACGAGCUACCUUUUUGCUGUACUUAAUCCGUUCGAUACAAUUGUCCAGUUUGGUCUCCGAAUCUCUGAAGAACCAGAUUCAAGGCAAGAAAUCUCAUUAGUUUAUACAAAUUCAGAUGAAUACUCUCAUUCAGAGGAAAUCGCGAAAUUUCAAGUGCCAAAUUCAACAAAAAAAUGGACUAAAAUCGUUAUUCGCAUUUCAACAUCCGAAGUUGCUUUUCAUCUUAAUUGCUAUGAAAUCGCUCGAAAAAAAGUGACUCGAAUCCCACAAGAGCUCGUUUUCGACACCGCUAGUACACUUUAUAUAGCCCAAGCAGGACCACAUAUUCAAGAAAAAUAUGAUGGCUUAAUCCAAACAUUGAGACUACAUUCUGGACUACCGCAAGAUCUCAUUAAAUGUACUGAUACAGAGUUAUUUCCAGAAAAUUCAGAAUCAAAAGCUGAUAACCCACUGGAGGGUUCUGGAUUCAUAGACUUCGAUAAGUUGAUUGGUGAAGACGACGGUGAAAAAAAUGAAAGCAAUCCUCCUCCAUUCAUUACUCCUCCACCACCAGGCCCGAAUGCUUCAAAUUCUAAAGGCGCUAAAGGAGACAAAGGUGAUAAAGGUGAAAGUUCACGUGGUCCACCAGGUCCUCCUGGGCCGCCUGGCAAUAACUACGAUUUGAAUGAUGAGGAUUGGCUAAUGAGACAACUUCAAGGCCCACCAGGUCCAAAAGGUGAACCAGCCGUUUGUAUUUGCAAUGCAACAGAUUUAAUUUCAAGUUUUAUGAUGCCGAAACUAAUUGUGGGCCCAAAAGGUGAGCCCGGAGUGCCUGGAAAAGAAGGAAAACAAGGACAAAUGGGUCUUACAGGCGCUGCAGGACCACCUGGAGAGCGAGGACCAGCUGGACCCAAAGGUUCUAAAGGUGAUAAAGGCGAUCUUGGGAUGACAGGUCUAGAGGGAACACAGGGUCAAAAAGGUGAACCUGGCCGAGAUGGAAACCCAGGUGAAAAAGGAAAUGAAGGGGCACCUGGACCACCUGGAAAAUCGGAUGAGUUCUCCCCUCAUGACGAUGGGAUUACGAUGAGACCCGGGUUACCAGGUCAAAAAGGUGAUACCGGUUUUCCAGGUACUCCUGGAUUGAAAGGUGAUCCUGGUAUACCUGGUUCUAAAGGUAUGAAAGGUGAAGUAGGCCAAAAAGGAGCAAAAGGAGAACAUGGUAAAGAAGGAGCUCGUGGAGUUCAAGGUUACAAAGGUGAACCUGGUGCACCAGGAAUAGCAGGACUUCCUGGAGCCUCCGGCGACAAUGGGAAACCUGCUGAGAAAGGUGAAAAAGGUGAUAUUGGUCCAGAAGGAAAACCAGGUGCCCCCGGCCCGCCUGGAUUGCCUGGAACUGCGAAAAUCAAUGGAAGCAGCUUAGUUUCAGGAAUGAAAGGUGAUAAAGGUGACCAAGGUAUUCGUGGGUACAAAGGAGAAAUUGGACAUAAAGGUGAAAAAGGUGAAAAAGGGAAUCCUGGAGCCACAGGUAUACCUGGUGUUAACGGUGUGCAAGGACCUCAAGGGGAUAAAGGUGAGCCCGGAAAAGAUGGAUCUUCAGGAAUAUCAGGUACUCCGGGAGUCAAAGGUGAAAAAGGAGAUAGAGGACCACCAGGAAUAACUGCAUUUGCUGGGGCCGGAGAAUAUGUGACCAUCAAGGGAGAAAAAGGUACUGAAGGUAAGAGAGGCAGAAGAGGACGGCCAGGUGCACCUGGUCCAAUGGGACCACCCGGCAAACCAGGGAAUACUGGGGAAGUGAGACAUCCAGGAUGGUCGAGCAAUAUACACAAGGGCCGACCGGGAACUCCUGGAAUACCAGGAAACAUGGGACCCAAAGGAGAAAAGGGAGAAGCUGGUGCGCCAAGACCUUACAGCAACACAGCAGGGCUGAAAGGAGAUAAGGGAUCGGAUGGAUUACCUGGAAUACCUGGCAAAGAUGGUCAAACAGGGCCACCGGGACCUCCUGGUCCUCCUGGUUUGUCUCUUGUUGGUCAAAAAGGCGAGCCAGGAAUCAGCAGAAGUCAUGUUUAUGGGGAUAACGAUUAUUAUAGAUCGCAUCAAGGUAGUGGUAUUGGAGAAAUAAAAUAUGUUCAUGAAAGUACGACAAAAAUUGUUCCUGGUGCUGUAUCAUUCCAAAAUACGGAGACGAUGAUAAAGAUGUCAACGAUAAGUCCAGUUGGUACAUUAGCUUAUAUUAUUGACGAGGAAGCAUUAUUGGUUCGAGUUAGUAACGGAUGGCAAUACAUCGCGCUUGGGUCUCUUCUACCUAUAUCAGCAUCCCCUCAAGUGACCACAAAACCUCCACCAUCACACCCUCCAUUUGAAGCUUCGAAUCUUAUCAACCAAGUACCUAUAAAAGUGGACAGUAAAGGGCUACGCCUUGCUGCCCUCAAUGAACCAACUACUGGCGAUAUGCACGGGUUGAGUGGAGCUGAUUUUGCUUGCUAUCGACAAGCAAGACGGGCUGGAUUAAAAGGAACAUUUCGAGCAUUUUUGAGUUCAAGAUUACAAAAUUUGGAUAGCAUAGUAAGAUCGAGUGAUCGAGAUUUACCAAUCGUAAAUAUAAAAGGAGAUGUUUUAUUUAAUUCGUGGAAAGAGAUGUUUAGUGGAAAUGGAGCAUACUUUUCUUCUAAUCCAAGAAUAUACAGUUUCAAUGGCAAAAAUAUUCUUACUGACUUUACUUGGCAAAAAAAAGUGAUUUGGCAUGGUUCCCACAAAUUCGGUGAUCGUGCUAUGGAUACCUACUGUGAUGCCUGGAACUCGGAUAGUUCUGAUCGAUAUGGAUUAAGCUCUUCAAUUACAAGAGGUCAACUAUUGGAACAAUCUCGAUAUUCAUGCGAUAACAAGUUUGCUUUAUUAUGUAUAGAAGUAACUAGUGAAAUAAUGAGAAAGCGACGAAGUUCGAAAAAUAGUAUGAAUAGUGCUCAUAAAGAAUUCUCAGAAGAAGAGUAUUUAGAAUAUCUCGACUAUGUCAUGAAAAAUUAAUUUUUUUUUUACUAUAAGUCUUCUAAUAUUUUGGACAUCGUGAUAAGCUACCCUAGCGGAUUCGUCAACCCGAUUAUACGGGACUGAAUUUAGGCUUCGGUUAAAAUCAAGUUUUGACAGGACUUAUGAACUUUAAAACCCAUUUUGAAUUAAAAGUAGAAGUUUCAUUGUGUGGAUAACAAUGUUGAAUAAAACUAUAAUUAAACCAACUUAUUUUUAAUUUCUAAAUUGUAAGUAAACUGAAUCCAAAGUGUUUCAAACAGAAGAAUACUUCUAGCUUUCUCUAGAAAAUGUGUUAACCCGUUUAAAAUUGUGUUAAUUUGAGUUUUAGUUCAAGCAAGGCUGAAAUAGUGUUUAUUCCAAGUUUUGAUACCUGUUUAUGUUGAGUUUAAUUCUAGUUUGGUUUAAAUAAAGUUUAAAAUUAGUUUAUUUGCUGUAAUCAUUACUGUGAAAGAAAAAUUUUUUCAAUUUAAAGUAGCUUUAUUUUCGGUUGUUCAAUUUUUCUUUAAUAGUCUUUUAUUUCUAGUGUUCUUAUUCUGAAAAAUAGUUUAUAAUUGGUUUGAUAAAACUUUAAUUCAGGUUUGGUUUCAAAAGGGUUUUGAACCUGUUUUUAUGCAAUCCCUGCCUCAGAAGUUCAAUUUACGCGUGUUAGAUUACGGUGAACAAACGACGAAUUCCUGAUGCCUAAAUUAUAUCAGUUUAUUAUUUUAUCCGGCACUAUAAUAGAAAACCUUAUUGCAUGAUCUAUACUCCCGGGACAAAGCGAAUUAUAUAUGGCCAUAUAUAAAUGCGGCAUAUAUGGCCAUAUAUUGAAAUUGGCGAUUUAUAACGAUAUUUACUUUAUGCGGCCGUAUAUAGCUUGAUAUGACCAUACAUAACUUGACUUGACUAUGUAUAGAAAUUGACAAUAUAUGGGCAUAUAUAGUUUGAUAUGACUAUAUAUAGCUUGAUAUGGCCAUAUAUGACUUGAUAUGACUAUGUAAAGAAAUUUUAACUAAAAUUUAAAAAAAAAAUUUUUUUUUAUUAUUUUGGCAAUGCAGAGAUUAUCAGAUCUGCGAAUAAUUGAAUUCCUAAUCGAAUUGGAAAUUUUUAAUUCAGAGAAAAACGCUCGACUUAUUAAUGACCGCAUCCGCUUCAGUAGGAUUCGAACCCGAGACCUUCCGUAAGAGAUACCGACGCGUUGACGACUAGGCUAUGCGACCGAUAGUUACAAUGAAGUUUAGUUAUGCUACGUAAGAUUAAAAGAGUAUAAUCACUUUCGAAAAAGUAAAAUAUAAUGAUAUUGUUUGAUUAUUUGUUGUUAUUACAGUAAAAAUUAGUUGAUUGAUAUUCGAUGUGUAUGAUAUCGAGAUGUAUGAAAUUUUUAUGUUCACUUUUAUGUAUUAUUAUAUAUACCUAUAUAUAGUUAUAUAUAUUCAUGCAUAGAAACAAUCGAAAACUAUAUAUUCCCAUGCAUUGUUAUAUAUGUCCGAAUAAAGUUACAUAUGGUCAUAUAUAGAAUUUGAGAUGCAUAAAAAUUUCAUGUUCACUUUUAUGUAUGCCCAUAUAU